UUGCAGGAUGGGUCUCCUGUACCCCUCCAAUUCGAUCGAGCGCUGGAAAGACGAGUCGUCAGGAAGAUCGACUUGCACUUGAUACCGCUUGUGAUGAUUCUCUGUGCGUAACAUACAGGAAUUGGCACAUAUGCUAGCUAACAAGUGGAUUGCAGACCUUCUGGCAUAUCUCGAUCGCUCGAACAUUGGAAAUGCAAAAAUUGCCGGCAUGCAAGAGGCUCUCAAGCUCGACUCCGGAAGCUACGCAUGGCUUCUCACGAUUUUCUACAUAUCCUAUAUCGUCUUCGAGCCAUUGGCAUUGAUGUGGAAGAUCAUCCCGCCACACAUAUGGGGCUGUUUUUGUGUGCUGGGUUGGGCAGUCUGCGGUACAUUACAAGCAGCUACAUUCAAUUGGUCAGGAAUGAUGGCCGUGAGGUUCUUCUUGGGAGCAUUUGAAGCUUCAUUCGCACCAGGGAUUACGUACCUUCUCUCCUUCUUCUACCUUCGGAACGAGCUUGGACUUCGCUGCGGUCUAUAUCUUAGUGCGGCUCCCUUGGCAACGUGUUUUGCCGGUGCACUUGCGUACGGAAUCACGUCUGGACAUCCACAUGGCAUAUCUUCUUGGCGACUGUUGUUCCUCGUGGAAGGAUUGCCAUCUUUGGUCGCAGGUGUGGCAACAUGGUUUCUCAUGCCAGACAGUGCAGAAACCGCCAAGUUUCUGACCGAGGAAGAAAAAGCUGUUGCAAAAGCACGCUCUGUUCGUCAAGUUGGAAAGGAUCAAAAUGUCAGAAUACACGGCAUCAAUGGGCGAGAUGUUGGACAUGCCAUACUCGACUUCAAACCAUGGAUUAAUGCUUUGAUGUAUUUCUCCUGCAACGUAUCCUUCGCCAGUCUUCCGGUCUUCCUUCCUACUAUCCUUGCAGCUAUGGGGUUUUCAAACAUCAAUGCACAAGGUCUCUCGGCACCACCAUACUUCCUCGCCUUUCUCGUAGUCCUCGUCUCCUGCUGGUUUGCCGACAAAACUGCUCAGCGUGGCUUUACCAUUCUCUUUCUGUCCCUACUUGGAGCUGCGGGUUACAUUAUGCUGGCAGUCUCGAGCAGCACUGGUGUCAGAUACGCUGGUGUCUUCCUGGCCGCUGCUGGUAUCUUCCCAUGCAUUGGCAAUAUCCUUCCUUGGGUGAUGAACAACCAGGGCAGCGAUACCAGAAGAGGGACUGGAAUCGCUAUCAUCAAUGUAGUAGGACAGUGUGGGCCACUGCUUGGUACACGAUUAUAUCCCAGUAGCGAGGGACCGUAUUACAGGAAGGGUAUGUGGGUUUGUGCAGCCUUUAUGCUCUUCAAUGGCUUUCUGGCCAUGUUGUUACGGGCGUUGUUGGUGUGGGAGAACAAAAAGCUGGACGCAAAGUACAGCCCGGUAAUCCAUCAAAAGGGAGGAGAACCAGAAGAAGGUGAGGAGAAUGAGGGCCCACGAUUUCGGUACAUCCUUUAAGAUGAGUUAUAAUUACGACUAUCUAUGAGAUUAUAUACCAUGUCCAUGCACCUCUCUGCAUGCUUGUGCGUUGCCUCUUCGUUUCUAGUCUAUACUGUCGUCCCGUCUAUAUUCCCAAAACGCCGUCUCUAUGCCGCUCUAAGCAGGUCUAUAUGCAAAUCCUCUUUCCCAAGUCUAUCCAAUCUCUUCCAACGCUUACAAAGCAAAAGCAAACUUCCCCUUCAUCCUCAACUUCUCCCCAUACUUCCAAAACAGAAUCGGAAACGGCACCAUAGCCAACGACAAAAAGGCCAACAAACUGGUCGCCCAAUCCACCCCCAAGUUGACAUACAUAUACGUCGCGAACAGCGGGAAUCCCGCAGCCAUGAGCGCCCUCGCACA